UCCAUAGAACCCUAGGGUUUCUCGGGCUCUGGCGAUGGCGAGCGAAGACGACGACGCUCGCAGUGGAGGCGAGCAGAAUCGUGCGGAGCAGGAGGAGCCUGUGGCGGAGGAUGCGGCGGAGGAGGAGGAGGAGGAAGAGGCGGCGGAUGGAUCCAAUGCGGUAAGGAAGCGGCGAGUGCUCGAGCGGCUGGCUCACAAGAUGGAGAAGGAGGAUGUGAAUGUGCGUGUCCACGACAUCCAGAUCAAGGGGAACAAGCGCACCAAGGACUGGGUGAUCGAGUCGGUCCUGGGCAAGAUGAAGGAGGCGACGACGCUUCAGGAUAUUUUGCUGGAGGCCGCCAAGGCCAGCGUCCAGAUGGAGCGCAUGGAUGUGUUUGAGAGGUGGGUCAUCAAUUUCGAUGUCGGGCCGCCGGAGCUGCCAGGAACGACGAAUGUGAUCGUCGAGGUCGUGGAGCCCGAGAGGCCUUACUCGUGCAAUGUGGGGAUGUUUUCCAGGCCAGAAUCUCGAAAAUGGUCGCUGGAGGGAACCUUGAAGUGGAAGAACUUGCUGGGUUAUGGAGAAACUUGGGAUGGAACUGGCUGCUACGGCUGGGACUCCACAGCUGAGAACAGUGUGGGAGUGAAUUUCCCCAGGUUUAGAACUUGGCCUGCUGGUUUCUUCACUCGGGUCUCGUUACUCUCCCAGGACUGGCACAAGUACUCGUCUUACAAAGAAAGGCUGCUAGGGGUCUCGACUGGCUUGAUCCACGACAACAAUCACGAGCUCAGCUACAACUUGACGUGGAGAAACCUUGCCGAUCCGUCUCAUAGAGCGUCCAAGACUGUUCGCGGCCAACUUGGUCACUCUUUGCUCUCGGCUGUGAAGUAUAGCUACAGGUUGGACACCCGGGAUUCGUCUGUGAGACCAACUGAAGGAUUCGCAUUUUCCACUUCCUCCCAGAUCGCUGGCUUGGGACCCGACGCCAGGCUCUCGCGGUUCUUCAGGCAGGAGCUAGAUUUCCGUUUCGCUGUUCCUCUAGGCGUGUUCAACGCAGCCUUGAAUCUCGGUACCUCGGCUGGGCUGAUCGUUCCCUGGGGGAAGGAUUUCCUGAGCAAGUCGACGCCUCUGAGCGACCGGUUUUACAUGGGAGGACCGAGCUGUCUCGUGAGCGAGCUCCGGGGCCCGUUCAGCCUGGUCGGCUUUCGAACGCGUGGAGUCGGUCCCAGGGAACUCAGGCGGCUUGUCAAGUCCGGCAACGAAGAGGAGGUCGGGAAGAGGGACACCUUGGGUGGAGACUUCGCCAUCAACGGCUUCGCGGAUCUCUCCUUCGAUCUGCCGCUCAAGUUUCUCAAGGAGCACGACAUCCACGCUCACGUCUUUGCGUGCUCGGGCAACAUCUUGAGCCUGGCGGACAGGAAGAACAUGACGGCGCAGAAGUUCUUCUCGGGGUUCCGGUCCUCGGUGGGCGCGGGCUUGGUCAUCCCAACGAGAAUGUUUCGUCUAGAGAUAAAUUACUGCCGAGUUCUCAAGUACCAGGAAAACGAUCGCGUCAGGAAAGGAUUCCAGUUGUGCUUCUCGCCUCCGUGAAAGAGACGGGACGUUUUUGACUCGAUUCUAUGAAGAAAUUUGUCCGAAUAAAUGGAUUUUUGAGUAGUCUAA